UAGAGGAGAUGCGCGAUAUGCUAUGACAUCAGUCAAGUGGUGGACUUUACACUGCAGAGAAACGCUGGUGUUCGCUGGAGAGCGUGAAUAUGGACAACAGGCAGCAGUAUCACUAUCCCGGAGGCUCAUCACAUCCUCCUGCUCCGCCACCGAGAGGAGAUUUUCCUGCACACGAGUCAUGGGAUUUUUUCCGGCAGCACCAGGAUCAGCCGAGUUCACACCGUCCCUGGCCCCCGUUUUCCCCUGCACGACCACUUCCACCUCAUGUUUAUCCUCCUCAUCUGCCUUUCGAUCCCAGCAGACCUCCUCCUGUUUAUUUUCCACCAUCUCCAGGACAGACUCCUCCAUCUCCUGCAAACCUACAGCCAGGACAGAGUGAGGAUCCACCUGGCUUUCAUCCAUCACACAGAGAUUACCAAUCUCACAUGGACAACUAUCAUAGAGGGCAUUUUGAUCAGAGUGGCAGCUUUUCAAACUCGGUUCCUCCUUCAUACCAGCUUGGUUUUCAAUCUAAUAACAACAUUCUGCCUCUUAAUUACCCUGUGGACCCUCAUACACAAACGUAUCCAUCACAAGCUUCUUCUGAUCACUCUGACAGAAACAGCUUCACAUUUGACCAGGAUGGUUGGCAAAGAAAAAAAGACGAGCAGUGGAUCCAUGCUUUCUUACACAGUAAAAGAAAAACUACAUCCUCCUCUGUGAAGAAAGUCUCUCCCCCAAAACACACUGUGUCCUGUUUCAGGGAGAAGUUGUACACUGCGGUUAAAAUGCUUUCCGAGCUCUCUGAGGUUUGCCAAACAUUAAAGAACAACAUUGAGAACAAGGAUGCUUGGACAGACUCUUACUCGAGAGCAGCCGAGCUGAAGAGCAGCCUGGAAGAAAGCCUGAAGUCACUGAACGAUCCGGACUGGGUGGAUGAGGUGAAGAAGAAACUGGUGCUGAUCAAGAAGAAGCGAGAACGUGUACGGAGGAAGAAAGCCGAGCUUGAGGAGGAGAAACGAGAGCAAGAAGCACGGGCCGCUGAGAAAGAGGCAGCCAUUGAUAAGCACCAGAUGAAGAGGAUACAGCAAAUCGAAGAACAAAACAGGGAGCGAGAGCUGAAGCUGGCGGCCGAUGCCGUGCUCUCUGAAGUCAUGAGGAAGCAAGCUGAUGCCAAGAGAAUGCUGGACAUCCUCCAGGCUCUGGAAAAGCUGCGGAAACUCCGCAAAGAAGCCGCAUCUAGGAGAGGCAUGUUUCCAGAGAAAGAGUGUGACGAUGUAUUUGAGGGUCACCUAACGAGGCUCAGGACUCUGAUCAGGAAACGUACGGCUGUCUACGGGGCCGAGGAGAAUGCGUUGAGGGUCAUGCUGGAAGGGGAACAAGAGGAGGAGCGCAAACGCGAUCACGAGAAGCGGCAAAAAAAGGAACGAGAGAAGCUGCUGCAGAAGAAACGGGAGAUCGACGCAAUGCUGUUUGGUGCUGAAAUGCCACUUGAUCAUCCGCUUAAGCCGUAUCAAGAGUUCAACACGCAGGCAGAGCGCUCACUUCCUGCCCUCGUGCAAAUAAGGAGAGACUGGGAUCAAUUUUUGGUUCCUGUGGAUCACCCUGAUGGGUCCACCAUUCCUCACGGCUGGGUUCUACCAGAGCCACCAGCCGAUGACAUCUGGUCCAUCGCUCUGGAGAAAUGAAAUGUCAACAAUGCCAUGCACACAAUGACUACUGAGAUAUCCGAGAUUUUUUUCAGACAAUGACGUGAUGCUAUUUUAUGGUCUUCAUAUGAAUGUUACAAUUUAUUGUUUUAUGUAAUGCUAUAUUUCUAAUAAAAAUAAACAGUAUGUACAUAA